GCCCUAUUUUCGGCAAUUUCAAGUUUUUUUAGAGAAUGAAGAUGCUAUUUUCCCCCAUUAAAAUUGUGUACGAAAAUCGAGUGGCAAAGUAGAUAGGAAGUUGAGAGGGACGACAAUGGCGAAACCUUCUUCUUCAGCAAUUCCUCCGUUAAUCCUUGAGUCGCCGACGAUUCAGAUAAAGGAUAUGUCUGAAGAGGACUUACACGGAACUAUAACAAUGCUCAAUGGAUUGACCGGCUCCGGCCAAAUUCCGGACGAUUGUAACACCAAGAGCUUCUAUUCCGACAUCACUCGCGGCCAUCUCCGGCAGCUCCGCCUCGAACGAGGCCAUCUCACCUACCUCCUCACCGUCAAACCUGCCGUAUCAAAUAUUUAUGGCUUUUUACAUGGAGGAUUUGUUGCUGCGGCUGCUGAGUUCUUAUCAAUUGCUUGUGCAAGAACUGUCGUGGGUCCUGAUAAGGAAUUAUUUAUUGGGGAACUGAGCAUUUCUUUUCUCUCUGGCGCUCCAGGAAAUGCAGAGGUUGUAGUAGAUGCUUCUGUUUUAAGGAGUGGAAGAAGUUUGAGUGUAGUUGGUGUAGAGUUUAGACUUCAAAAGACAGGAAAGUUGGUCUACACAGCUCGUUCUACCCUUUAUAACAUGCCAAUGGCAAAGCUAUAGAAAUCUUUGGUUCUAAGAUGAAAAUUUGAUAGCCAUCUAAAUAUUCCCCAAUAUUCUGAGUUUUCAUUCGAGUCGCAUAGUCGUCUUGAAUAUAUCUACUUGUGUGAUGUUGAAAAGAGUAGGAAAAUGUAUGGAUUAUACACUUGAUUAUCCUUGUAUAACAUAUGCAAGUUAUAGAAAAUAGCAUAGUUGGUAUAGUUAUAGCAA